UGUGUGGCCGUGUGCGGAGCGUAACUUGUGUGUGUGCCCGAACGUGUGUCGCGAUGGCGCUUCCACUUUUCGUAGCCUUCGCGUUUGUUCUGUGCGGUAGUUUCCUCUCCAAGUCCGCCCAGUCGUUUAACCUGACCAUCCUGCACACGAACGACGUGCACGCCCGGGUCGAGGAGUUGAACGCCUUCGGAGGCAGGUGCCGCCCCGGCCGCCCGUGCUACGGAGGGUUCGCCCGGCUGGGCGCCAAGGUCGCGGAGGUGCGGGGCAGGGACGACAACGUUCUGUUCCUGGACGCCGGGGACCAGUUCCAGGGGACGCUGUGGUACUACUUCUUCAAGAGUCCCGUCGUGGCUCAGCUCAUGAACAAAGUUACCUACGAUGCCAUGGCGAUCGGGAAUCACGAGUUUGAUGACGGGGUACCGGAGCUGAACAGGUUUCUCCGUCUGACGAAUUUUACCGUGUUGAGCGCCAACAUUGAUGCCACCAGGGAACCGGAGUUCCAGUCUCUCUUCAGUCGGUCGGUGACGCUGAACGUAGGUGGGGAGCGGAUUGGAAUUGUGGGAUACACCACCGAGGACACUCCCACCAUUUCUAAACCAGGCGACACCGUGUCGUUUAAGUCAGUGGUGACGUCAGUGCAGGCUGAGGUGGACAGGUUGACUCAGCAGGGGGUCAACAAGGUCAUCGCCCUGGGUCAUGCGGGUAUCCAUGUUGACACAGAGGUUGCGUCACGAGUGCGGGGUGUGGACAUCGUGAUAGGCGGGCACACCAACACUUUCCUCUACACAGUUGAAUUCACAAUGUUUAUCCUAGGCCAAGCACCAAAUAUAGAGGACCCCGCCGGUAACUACCCGGUGGUGAUACGCCCUAUCCACGCCCCCUCGCGCCCGGUGCUGGUAGUGCAGGACUACGCCUUCGGGAAGUAUCUGGGUUACCUGAAGGUGAGGUUUGAUGACGCCGGAGGGCUGGUCCACUGGGAGGGGAACCCCAUCCUGUUAGACGACACUGUUCCGAAAGAUCCUGACGUCUCUGCGCUGGUGCAGACCCUGCAGGCCAGCCUGAUCAACAAGACAUCGCAGAGUAUCGGCAACACGCACGUCGUUUUGGAGGGAACCAGCUGUCGAUUCGGAGAGUGCAAUAUCGGUAACCUGAUCACAGACUCGAUGUUGCACCAGAAUAACAAACAUCCGGAUGAAGUCGGUUGGAAUAACGUCGGCAUCGCCGUACACAACGCUGGUGGGAUCCGUUCAACCAUAACCCAGGGUUCCAUCACAGUUGGAGACAUUGUGGGAACGCUGCCCUUCCAGAACACCAUCGACAUCGUGGAGCUUCGCGGGGAUGACGUCAUGCGGAUGCUGGAGCACUCCGCCAGUGUGAUCGGCAACCCCAGGUUCCUCCAGGUGUCCGGUCUCCGAGUCACCUAUGACGAAGCCCAGCCUGCGGGACGGAGGGUGGUGAAGGUGGACGCCCGCUGCAGCACGGACUGUCUCGUACCGGAGUUCCGCCCGCUGAACCUGUCUGCCGUCUACAGGGUGAUCAUGCCGACGUUCCUGGCGGACGGAGGGGACGGCUACACCAUGGUAGCGGAGAACAAGACAGCGCACCAUAUCCCAGGUGAUCUGGACACGGACAUCCUGAUAGAGUACAUCGCCGCGCGGUCUCCGCUGUCUGUCGGUCUGGAGGGGAGACUGCAGGUCAUCAACUCAUCACAGACACCUGCAGACACGUGCCCCACCUCGGCUGCCGUCACACCGCCUGCCACGACCGGUGAUGGUGCAAGACGUACUGAACCGGAAGACGACCCUGGAAAGACCGUGGGCAUCAUUGCGGGCGUGGUCGCGCUGGCCUGCGUCAUCGCCGCCAUCAGCGCAUGCGUCGUUAGGCGCAUGCGUAGUCGGAGAAAAGGGUUUGACAUGACAGCUCCGUCGUACAACAUGGACCACGCCAAGCAGCGCCCGGCAGUCGCCAUGGAGACGGGAAAUUUGAAGUGAUUAAACGUUCUGACCAAUCACCAUCCAUCCUCAGAGCCUUCUGACCAAUCACCAUCCAUCCUCAGUGUCGACAUAGCAAAGGACAUAACUGAACUAACCGUAGGGUUGGCGAAUACUACCUUUCGCAAGUCGGGGCCUCAGGCCUCAAUUAAUCAACCAAUGUACCUAUCCAUCCUCUACUUAAUUAAUCAAUAUAUUGAUCAGUUUAUUACUGAAUGGCCAAUCUGUUAAUAUCAUCGAUAGGGAUAAAAUAAUGGCAAUGAAUAGCAAUGUAUGUACUAGCAUAUAGUCGCUACCUUCAAGAAAGGUAUAUCAUACUUCAUAUAACGUUUAAUACAUGUACGUUCACUUUUAAUACAUGUACCUUUUUUUACGAAGUUAAGUUUCUAGUCAUUUAACAUAGUAUGUAGAAUCCAGUCAUCCAAGCUUUAAAAUGAGUCAUCUUAUGCAGAAUAUCUUUUUUUUACCUUUUAUCAACUAUCAGAAAUCUGUACCAUUUCAAUGUUAAUCAAAAUUCAAUGUUUAUGUACUGUUAACGUAGUCUAGCUCUUCAUGAAUUCAUGUAAUAAACCGCUCAAAUAUGAAA